AUGAUUAUUUAUACAACAAUUUUCUUAUAUUUUGUGUAAACUUUGGCUAAUUACUAUGGAACAGCCUAACCAGAUAUCUAAUAAAUAAUUAAACUGAACUUUACUUAAAAAGUAAACAGUCUAAUAAUCAAAUUCUAUAAAAGAGAAAAUGAUGUACUUUGUUUGGUGUCUCCUAAUGAUUUGGAUCAAACUAAAUUAAGUGAUUUAGACUUAACCUAUAAUCCAAAAGGAUUUGAAGUUUAUGAUUAUUAAAGUUAUUAAGCCAACAGUGAGAAUCAACUAAUAUAAAUAGUUUAUAUGGCGAUGAUCUACAUAAAAUGUUUUCAAUUAAAUUAAAAUCAACAAUAACCUAUAAGUCUAGAAAUCUAUUAUUCUGAAAAUUAAUUUGUUUAAGGAUGUAUAAAUGAUUGUAAUGGAUACAAUUAUCCUGAAAUUAUUGAUUCUAUUUGCGUAUCUUAAUAAUGUCAUUGUUUAGAAGGUACAUUUGGAUAAUAUUGUUAAUUUUAAUCUGUAUAGAUAUCAAACAAUAUUCUUACUACUUUUACAUUAGAUGCUCAUAAAUGGAAAUAUUUUUAAUAUCAGUUUAGUUCUAGUGACAUAAAUCUAUUUUGUUAAAACUAAGAAGAAGAAUUAUGUAUUUAAUUUUCUAAUAUAUAUAAAUAGAUUAUAGCUUUGUAUUAAAAUAAAAUCCUUAAUUGAAUAUUCCUAAUCUAAAAGAAAGCUAAAAAUUAAUGUCACUCAAUAAUAUUUAAUAAGAAUUAAAAAAAAAAUAAACUAAUGUCUAUGUUGAUAUAAUUUAUAUAGGAUUGUACAAUAAUCAAUCUAAAUCCAUCAAUAUUUAAUUUAAGAUUAUCAAUACUGAUAUAGAAGAAGAAAGCACAUUUGAAAAAAAUAAAAUAGUUAUUAUUGUAACUGGAUGUGUUGUAGGAUCAUUACUAUUAUUUGCUUUUGGAUUAUCAGCUCUCAAAUCUCGAUAAUAAAGAUAAUUUUAAUAAUAAAUAUAGGAGGCCAUUAGAAGAAAUCUAAACUAAGUACAUAAUAUGGAAUAAGCUUAAAGUCCUGAACGUUAACUUGUUUAAACUAAUCAUAAAGGUAAUACUUAAGCAACUUAUGAGGUUUUUCGUUAAGGUUUAUUAAAGAUCAUUUUAAAGGACAUGCUUAUGAAAAAAUAAUUAAAGCAUAUCCAGGUUUGUCCCAAUUUGAAGAAUGUGUUGUUUGUUUAGAAUAAAUGAAAAAAGCUAAUACUAAAUUAUAAAAGAUUUGUUCAGUUACUCCUUGUUUUCAUAUUUUUCAUUGUAUGUGUUUAGAAGAAUGGUUAUUAAGAUAAAAAAAUUGUCCUUUUUGUAGAACUGAAUACACUAGAAAGAAAAUAAUUAAAGAUUAUCCUUGGUUGGAAGUUAAUACAAUUAGAGUUAACAAUACAGAUUCUACUUAUUUAAGUCGCAUGAAAAAUAACUAAGAAAAUAUAAAUGAAAGUUAAAUUGAAUUUGUAAAAUAGUAACCAAGUGAAUAAUUAUAAUCAAAUUAAAUUGAAGAAUGA